AAGACAUUGCAGCUUUUCAGGCACAGCAAAUUGGCUGUCAAGAAUUUCAAGACUGCCCCAGGGGCCUCCCUGCUCUUUGAGAUACAGAGUCAGCAGAGUGAAGAGUGAAGAGUUGGCAAAGCACUGAAGGAGGCUGAAGAAAGAAAGGGGCAUGGAGAGUCAGGAACUGCCUUAUGUGCUAGUUGACUGUAUAGGAGGGAGACUUGGAGUAUAUGAAGACCAUCUUGGAUUUCUGAAGAAACGUUUUCAUCUCAUCACCAUGAAAGAAUAUCUUGAAAACAAGACGUUUCUCAGCAAAAAGAUCAGAGCUAUCUAUGUGUGGUAUCACAAACCAGCUAUUAAUGAAGAGCUGCUCCAGAGCUUGAAUAACUUGAAAGUAGUUGCAAGUGCUGGAGUGGGAAUAGAUCACUUGGAUCUGAAACUCCUCUCCAGCUAUGGUGUGAAGGUGUCCAAUACUCCAUUUGUUGUUUCCACUGACACUGCAGACAUGGGGAUGGCUUUGAUGCUGGCAUCUUCCAGGAGACUUGUGGAAGGCCAUGAGAUGGCAGUCUCCCCUGACACAGAGUAUUUCCCCGUUGACUGGCUGGGGGCUGAGGUUUCUGGAGCAACCCUGGGAAUCGUGGGAAUGGGCAAAAUUGGUUACAAAGUGGCUGAAAGAGCCAAAGCCUUUGAAAUGAAGAUUUUGUACCACAACAGAAAUCAGAGAAAAAAGGAAGAAGAAAGUGCUGUUGGAGCUAUUUACUGCAAGAAGAUAGAUGAUUUGCUCCAGCAGUCAGAUUUUGUAUUAUUGGCUGCAACCCUAACUCCACAGACACACAAACUGAUUGGGAAGAGGGAGCUGGAGCUGAUGAAACCCACUGCUACUCUUAUUAAUAUCAGCAGAGGUCUGAUAGUGGAUCAGGAUGCUUUGGUGGAAGCCCUUCAAAACAAAGUUAUUAAGGCAGCUGCUCUGGAUGUGACAUAUCCUGAACCUUUGCCAAGGGAUCACCCCUUGUUAAAGCUGAAGAAUGUUAUAAUAACUCCUCACAUCGGAAGUGCCACCAAGAAGACGCGCUGGGUUAUGAUGGAGGAAAUGGCAGAGAGCAUAGAGGCAGGCCUGGCGGGUCUUCCUAUCCCUCGUGAGGUGCUGCCCUGAGCAGCUUGCAUUUAGGAUUAAUGCCAUCAGUGCAGAAGCAACAAUUUGAUCACUUUUCAUGUAAUUACUUCGUGUAAUUUCGUGCUAUUCAGAUAAAAUAUAUAAAUCACGGGUUCAAUUUA